GGGCCGACUGAUUCACUUUGUUCGACGUUUUGUUAAAUGUAGGGCUAGUUUUUCUGCAGGGUUUUGACGUCUUACACGCAACGCAAACAACAUUGCACGCAACGCAAAAACAUUGCACGCAACGCAAAAUACAUUAUGAAUUUCUAUUUUGAUGGAAAUAAAUGCAUUUAAUUUCGCUGAUUUUAAAAAAUGAAUCACAAGUGAUCCGCCCCUAGGGUGAAUCUCACCUCACUCGAGUCGACUCUCAGAAUAGGGUGAAAAAAGUCACGUAAAGUGAGGUGAGUUUAGUGACCUCACGUCACACGCCGCGCAGAAUAAGGCCGGAAGCCUAUGAUCGUUUAUAUAAGAUGUACGAAAACUGCCUUAAACAUGACGUAUGAGAGAAACAAAAGCACAUGAUGUGAGGAUGGCAUUCUUUCGUCUACUCCAACGAUCAAUGGCAAGGACCUAGGAUUGAUCAAUCUUGCUGCAGCUAAAAGCAUGAAUAUCUGUAGCACUAUCUUAUCACUGAAGGAUGUUCGAAAGCUCAUUUGGACACCCGAAUGGCGAAACUUGCUGAAUACGACGGAUGCAAGCACAACGGAAACCCAGGCAUCUGCCGGGGGUACUCGUACUGCCGAAAUCAGCUGCAGAACCAACGGAUCACGAUUUGCAGUUACAACUCACAGGAGGCUGUCGUAUGCUGUCCGGAAUCCGGCGGCUUUCGUAUCGAUGAUGGUGACGGACAAAGCUCAGGCGCUGUAAACCCCUCCGACGGUGGAACAAAUCAAAACCUCCGGAAAGCGGUUCAGAAGUGCAACGAAUAUCGCAAACUAUCGUACAACCGCAUCGCCGUUAGCACGCUGACCCUAACGCCAACAGUCGUAAGCUUCGAGGUGCCCAAGUGCGACAACAUUGUGAAACUGAUCGUCGGCGGGAAUGUGACGAAACCGGGUGAGUUCCCGCACAUGGCAGCGAUUGGGUGGCGUCGUGGCAACACCGAUUCGUUCGAUUGUGGCGGUUCGCUAAUCAGCGAUCGCUUCGUACUAACGGCAGCUCACUGCUACGUGGAGCUGGACGGCGAAUAUCCAUCGUUUGUGCGAUUGGGUGAUCAGAACCUGAUGCGGCAGGACGAUGGAGCACAUCCGAAGGAUGUGGAUAUCGAGACGUAUACAAGGCAUCCUAACUUCAAGCGGAACCAGGGACAUUACAAUGACAUUGCGCUGAUCAAGCUGGUGGAAACGGUGCGCUUUACGAACUUCAUACGACCUGCCUGCUUGUACGAUCGUGUGCAGACGACGGUGGAACAGGCGAUCGCGACCGGUUUCGGACUGACCGAGGAUCAUGGCGAUAAAUCGGACGAACUGCUGAAGGUCUCGCUGAACAUCUACGACAAUGAGGUUUGCGGCCGCGGGUACGUCAACAGUCGGCAACUUAAGAAGGGCAUCAUGCAAACUCAGAUGUGUGCCGGCAAUGCCCAGGGAGGCAAGGAUACCUGUCAGGGUGAUUCGGGAGGUCCGCUUCAGAUUACCAAACAGGAGAAUCACUGCGUGUUCUACCUCAUCGGGAUAACGUCGUUUGGUCAGACGUGCGGUUCGACGGUGCCGGCUAUCUAUACCAGGGUCGCUGCCUAUCUCGACUGGAUCGAGCCAAUUGUUUGGGGAUAGGCUGGGAGUGGGUGAUGGAAUAAAAGUUUGUGGUGAAAAA